AUGAUUCUCGGACUCGGGUCUAGGCGGCAGAGCCUCAUCCUGCUCGCCCUUUUUGCUAUCAUGCUGGUCCUCGUAUUUUACAAGCAAAAUGACCUCCCUGAUGUUCCCAAGUUUACCGACUUCAAAUCGGUGCUGCCCCGCGAACGUCUCAAUGUCCAUCCUGCAAAGAAGGAUAAUCUUGAAAAGACCCACCUGCUGCUCCCCGCCCCCGCCGGUAUUGCAAGCAUGUGCAAGACACUUCUGACUGCCAGCGUUCUGGGAUACCCCGUCCCGACCUUGAUUGGGUACAACCAGAGUUACGAUGAUGACCAGCUCAUCAAUGGUGGUCGUCACCUCUCAAAGAUCAGCCAGGUGCUCGAGUGGCUCGAGUCCCAGCACUCUGAGAAGAAGGACGACCUGGUGGUCAUUGUCGACGCCUAUGGUGGUUUCAACUACCAGAACAGCCGUGCCGGUAUCCAGUCCCAUCUGGAGGGCGAUGCCUGGUUCCAGCUGCCCUUUGAGAUCCUCGUCCAACGUUACCAAGCUGUCGUCGAACAGGCGAACCGUGAUCUCGCGGCUAGCAUGGGGGACGCCUUUGAGGCAGAGGGAAUUAACCAAAAGAUUGUCUUUGCCGCGAGCAAACAGUGCACUCCUAACAACGCCGAAAGCGCAUCCUGCUACCCAGUUCCCGACUCUCCCCUGCCCUCUGCCCUGUAUGGCAAGUUCACGGAUUCUCCCGAUGCGAACUACACCACCCACCGUCAGCGCUACCUGAGUUCCGCCUACGUCAUUGGUCCCAUGAACGACAUGCUCUCCCUGUUCCGCCGCGCCAACGAACGCGCCACGUCUGAACGCGAGCGCUCUCUGCAGAUGCCCUCGGACCCUGCCUUUGAGUCGUCACUCUACAUGGGCAGCGACCAGGCCAUCUUCCACCGCAUCUUCGGCGAGCAAGAGUUUCAGCGUGAGGCCAUCCGUCGCCGCCACGGUGCCAGAGCCCGCGGCAAGACGGUAGUCGAGGGCGUUAGCGUCAAAGACGUAUUGGAGCCCGACUUCGCCCACGAGGAGCUCAAGAUCAAGGACGGCAAGCCCGACGAGUUCGGCAUGUUCAUCGACUAUUGGUCCGACUUGGGCAUGCAGACGACCCAUAGCCUCGACGACGGCCUCUGGCUGACGUACAAGGACAACCUGCCCGAGAAGCAGCUGGCUGCCAGCCGCCCGACCGGGCAACCCUGGCUCUGCGGGCCCCAGGUCUCAGGCAAGCUGCCUGUCGAGGUGGUCAACAGCACAAGCAUGCCCCGAUCCGCCGUCCCCGACGAUGCGCCCUUCCGACCCCUGCGCGGCUGGGACGAGAUCCCCCUCUACACCAACGUCUGCCUCGACACGAUCCCCGUCAUUGUUAACCACGCCGGCGACCAGACGGAGCGCGGGCGUGACUGGCCUGAGAUGUGGAUCCAGCCUCACGCCCGCCGCCUCAUUGACGAUGUCCUCGCCAGCAAGCAAAAGGACUCGCACGGCUCGGUCCGUGGCGGUGCCAUUGUGGGCCCGGGAGGUCGCUACCAGACUUGGAAGGACCUGUGUCCUGCCAGCCUGGAUAAUGAGCUAUACAGGGAUUACUAUGACGAGGUAUAG